CCGUGUUUGUUUAUGAGGCGGAGAGUAUAGGUCUGGGUCGCCUAGUGCUUUUAACUGCAGGGGGCAUCUUUCCUUUGUGUCUGCCUAGUAGGUCUGUGACACCCGAGGUCAGAUAAUUACAGGGCACCCGGCCUUGUGGGAUCGAUCCGAUUUGCCAACUGGUUUCUCAGAAGAGAUCUGUUCUGGACUGUUCCAUUUUAGCUGUGUCCGUCACACGUUUGAAGUCACCCAACACACAAGCUUGGUGCGCCACUGAAGCAUCGUGCUCUGCUUGGGUGGCGGUCGUGAUCAGCCUCUGACGCGUCGUUGAGACGACCUUUGACGAUUCGACCACUGCAAGACGUUCCUCCUCCAUGGCGAGCUGCUGCGGUGCGGACAGCGCGGAGAGGGAGUACGCAGAGGGGACGUCCCUGCACGGGCUGGGGAAGAUCGUCGGGGCGAGGCACGGGGGCGCCCGCCUGGCCUGGUCGCUGCUCUUCCUCACCAUGUUCGGGGUCGCCGCCUGGCAGAUCACUGAGAGGUUUGUGGCGUACUUCCAGUUCGACACGGUGACGAACAUGAAGGUGGAGUUCCGAGACGUCCUGGACUUUCCCACAGUCACCAUCUGUAACUUCAACAAAUACCGCUUCUCCAAGAUCACUGCACAGGAACUUCAGUACGUUUCCACUCUGCUAGAGGGCUCUACAGGCUUUAACGACUACGACUACGACAGCGACUACGAGGACAGCGACCAGUACAACUUCGACUGGAACAGCACCGGCAUCCCUGACGGAUUCAACCUAGCGGAGUUCACGCUAAGAGCAGGCUUCGACAUGGAUGUCUCUCUGAUUGGCUGCACCUGGAGGGGCCAGGCGUGCUCGAAGGAUAACUUCACGCUCGUUUUUACGUCGUUUGGAAUCUGUUGGGUGUUCAACGAAGGCGGGACGCUAAAUCAGACCAUCGCGGGGGUGGGGAACGGCCUGCGGGUGGCCAUAAAUAUCCAACAGGACGAGUACACUGAGAACGCCCUGACGGGUAACCUGGACGCCGGGAUCAGGUUCGUAGUCCACUCCCCCAACGAGCCGCCCACUGUGGACACCCAGGGCAUCUCCGUCGGGCCCGGAACUCACGCCUACGCCAGCAUUAGCAAGAUACAGUACACAAACGAGGUUCCACCGUGGGGGAAGUGCGAGCCCGGGCGGACCCUGCGGUACUACUCCGGGUACACCAAGACGGGGUGCCUGCUGGAGUGCCGGGCUGGUCACGUGGCCGACGCGUGCGGCUGUAGAACCGUGAGCAUGCCGGGAACGCUGGACUACUGCCAACCGUCUGUCGUCACCGGGUGUGUCAAAACAACCAUGGCUGAGCUGAAGUCCGGGAAGCAGACCUGUGACUGCCCGACCCCCUGCAGCGCCACCGCCUAUCCCGCCACCGUGUCGUACGGAGGCUGGCCCAGCUCCAGCACCAAGGAAUUCUACACAGAAUACUUCAACAUGACCGAAGAACAACUAAAAGAUAACAUCGUGCUGCUGGAUAUUUACUACCAGCAGCUGAACCUGCAGACUGUGCAGCAGAGAAGAGCCAUCAGCACCAAUGCACUUCUUGGUGACCUUGGUGGCCAGUUGGGGCUGUUCCUGGGCGCGAGCGUCAUCACUAUUAUCGAGUUCCUUGAGUUUCUGCUGAAGAAGGGAACUUCGUGCUGCUGCAAAAACCGAGUCAAGACAUUAAAUCCCAACACUGAAGAAUUUUAGACCGGCCUUUAAAACAUGCACGUGUCGUUUAUAUACCAUACACCAUGGUUUUUGUCCUGUUGUAAUAUUUUUUUUGCUCCAUAAUUUCAGAAUUGUGAUUAUAUAAGACCUCCGAUCUCCAAAAAUAUCCCAGUCAUUAAAAUUUAGACAUGACUGGUAAUAAACAUGUCUAAUGAUUACGAUUUGAUUUCUAAAUGUAUAUUUUUCUCUGUUUUCAGUUUUUUUUUUCUUUUUGAUAUUGAUGAUUUUAUCCUUUCGUGAACGAGGCGCUCGAAAAUGCAUUCGGCAAAAUUGAAUGCGCCACCCAGUUGUCCGAAAACCAGUUCCAUGACCCCAUACCAUCAGUGAAGCGUCCUAUUAACAAUGGGUCUAAACGCCCUACAAACACCUAGAAUGGGACGUUCUAAAGCGAU